CCCACCCCCAGGCCCGGCCCAGCCAUGGCCGCCCGCGGCGCGUUCCCGCUCAGCCCUCUGCCUCCUUCCGCCGCCGCUGCUCCUCCACCUCCGGGACCCGGACCCGGUAUGAUGAGAGGCCCCAGCCCAUCUCCGGCUUCCGCGGCCGCCCCGGGUUACCGCCCGAUGGGACCUUCGGGAGCUCAGUACCAGCGCCCCGGGAUGCCGCCAGGCAGCCGCAUGCCCAUGGCAGGGCUGCAGGUGGGACCUCCAGGAGCACCACCAUAUGGAGCAGCAUCCCCUCUGCGACCCGGCCUGCCACAGUCCAUGAUGGACCCCUUCAGGAAGCGCCUGCUGGCUCCCCAGUCCCAGCCACCCAUGGCCACCCAGAGGAGAGGGGUGAAAAGGAGGAAGAUGGCUGACAAGGUCCUGCCACAGAGGAUCCGGGAACUUGUCCCAGAAUCCCAGGCCUACAUGGACCUCCUCGCCUUUGAGCGCAAGCUGGACCAAACCAUCGCUCGGAAGAGGAUGGAGAUUCAGGAGGCCAUCAAGAAACCACUGACGCAAAAGCGGAAGCUGAGGAUUUACAUCUCCAACACUUUCACCCCGGCCAAAGAAGAAGGAGAGGGUGGUGAGCGUGUGGCCUCUUGGGAGCUACGUGUGGAGGGCAAACUGCUGGAGGACCCAAGCAAGCAGAAGAGGAAGUUCUCUUCCUUUUUCAAGAGCCUCGUCAUCGAGCUGGACAAAGAGCUGUAUGGGCCAGACAACCAUCUGGUGGAGUGGCACCGUCUGCCCACAACCCAGGAGACUGAUGGCUUCCAAGUGAAGCGUCCUGGAGAUGUCAAUGUGAAGUGCACCCUGCUGCUGAUGCUGGAUCACCAGCCACCACAAUACAAACUGGACCCUCGCCUGGCUCGCCUGCUGGGGGUGCACACCCAGACCCGUGCCAGCAUCAUGCAGGCGCUCUGGCUCUACAUCAAGCACAACAAGCUGCAGGACAGUCACGAGAAGGAGUACAUCAACUGCAACCGCUACUUCCGCCAGAUCUUCAACUGUGUCCGUAUGCGCUUCUCUGAGAUCCCCAUGAAGCUGGCAGGGCUCCUGCAGCACCCAGAUCCUAUCAUCAUCAACCACACCAUCAGCGUGGACCCCAAUGACCAGAAGAAGACUGCCUGCUAUGACAUUGACGUGGAGGUGGAUGACCCCCUGAAAGCUCAGAUGAGCAACUUCCUGGCUUCCACCACCAACCAGCAGGAGAUCGCCUCACUGGAUGCCAAGAUCCAUGAGACCAUUGAAUCCAUCAACCAGCUGAAGACGCAGCGCGAUUUCAUGCUGAGCUUCAGCAACAACCCUCAGGAUUUCAUCCAGGAGUGGAUCAAAUCGCAGAGGAGGGACCUCAAGAUUAUAACAGAUGUGAUCGGGAACCCGGAGGAGGAGCGGCGAGCCGAGUUCUACCAACAGCCCUGGGCGCAGGAGGCUGUGGGCAGACACAUCUUUGCCAAGGUCCAGCAGCGUCGGCAGGAACUGGAACAAGUGCUUGGGAUCCGCCUCACUUAAGAGGCCAGCAGGGCUCAGGAGCUCCUUCUCCUCCUCCUCUCCCUGCUGCCUGAGCCUGACGGUACUUCUUACUGGAAUCAAAUACAGCACUUGCACAAACCCUACGUGCCUGGAGGGAUUUGGAGCCGCUCGUACCCCUGGGCUCCCCUCAGCCAGGAAGCUCUCGCCACAGGCAGAGCAGCAGAGGGUCCCCUGAUUCUCCCUGCCCCUAGUCCUGCUGCAUUAACAUGUCCUUGCUUUUGCAUUGCGCCGUUUGCCUCUGCCUGUAGCAGCAAUGAAUGCAGCCCUCUGCGAGCACGCUCUGUCCCAUCCCCUUCUUGCCCUGCCUCUGGCCAAAGCCCUCCUGGCAUUGCUGACUGCCCUGCCAGCCCUCCCCACCACCGUGAGGGCAGGCCCAGCCCUGCCCCUCUUCAACCAAAGUUUGUCAUUCCAAAUGCCAGCCCUGCUGGUGGCCGAUGUUUUGCACUAUUUUUGUGAACAGGUUUUAUAAAAAAAAAAAAAAAAAAAGAAAGAAAAAAGCAUUUUGUACAGUGGGUUUGUAUUUGAUUAAUAUAUUGAGUUCCUCUUACUGCACUCAUCACCUCAAACUAUGCAGUGAUUCAUGGUGUUCUCAGUGGGCUCGUUCUGCCCAAACUGUUCUUUUUGUAUGUAACUGAGUUUUUAGCGUUGAGUUCUUGACAAUCAGUUGAUUACUCCACCCCCUGCUGUUGUUUUACACACCUAGUGACUUGUCCUGUGCUUGAUACGAGGUAUGGGGGGGUAGCUCUGUCCCCAGGAGCCUGCGGGCAGCAGGGCCUCCCCCAGGGCUCUGAGAACUGGAGAUGCUUGGGGCAGGGGGCUGGAGUGUGGGGCCACUGCACUGGGGCGGAGGGGACAGUACACCACCCACCAGACCCAUUGAAGUGCCUUACCCUGCUGGCCCCAUGCCCACAUUUUCCUUGUAGGGCAGCCUGGCUUCCUCUGGGGGCGGUCACAGGUGGGGGGGAGGAGGGGGGAAGGGGGGUGUUUACAUAUUCCCAGGGUGUAUGGCUCAGGGGUGCCUGCUCUGCCUCUUGCGUAACCGUUUUGUCUAUUUUGGAUUAUUUUCUAAUAAAACCAGUUAGCAGCA